CAUACCAUUCAGUUGGUACUACGCAUUCCAUACCAUUCAGUUGGUACUAAGUAUUCCAUAUCAUGCAGUUGGUAUAAAGCAUUCCAUACCAUUCAGUUGGUGCUAAGCAUUCCAUACCAUUCAGUUGGUACUAAGUAUUCCAUACCAUUCAGUUGGUACUUAGUAUGCCAUAUCAUGCAUUGGUAUAAAGCACCCCAUACCAUUCAGUUGGUGCUAAGCAUUCCAUACCAUUCAGUUGGUACUAAGUAUUCCAUACCAUUCAGUUGGUACUUAGUAUGCCAUAUCAUUCAGUUGUAUGCCAUAUCAUGCAGUUGGUAUAAAGCAUUCCAUACCAUUCAGUUGAUGCUAAGCAUUCCAUACCAUUCAGUUGGUACUAAGUAUUCCAUACCAUUCAGUUGGUAUAAAGCAUUCCAUACCAUUCAGUUGAUGCUAAGCAUUCCAUACCAUUCAGUUGGUACUUAG